CAACGGGCCACUGCCAGAGUGCCAAUCCCACUUGCCCGAGUUGCUGUGGUCCUGUAGUGGCGUUCGACGGUUGCUACCUUCGCGACGGCAAUGCGACUCUGAGCGAUCGCCCAUGCAGUCCGUCACCGAGUGGCUUUCCCUCUGAAGUCUGAACACCUUCAAAAGCUCAGCAUUCAAUCUAAAACGGCUUUUAAUCAACUUAACAAGUAUUAAUUAUGAAUCCUCAAGUAGAAGUUAAAACAGAAACGUCUCCGACGAAAAAAUGGGUCCAAUUCGAUGAAGAGUCUAAUAAAGAUACUAAGCAACUAAAUGGCUCAAGGCUUGAAACAGAAUCGACUGCAGCUGUCAUUCCGACGGAAUCAGUGGAAAUAACCGUGGACAGGAGUCUCAACAGGUCAUCCGUCGAACAUGACCAUGUCGUCGAUGUGGACCUUCAUGAACCGACCAACGGGUCUGCACCGUCGACAGGUGUCGUCAGGCAGGGUUUCUCAAAUGGUGAUAUUAUUGUUACUCUGUUGCCCGUGAAUACGAAUUUCCCUUGGAUCACACCGGCUCAAUUCAGGCCUGAACUCGUCCCCGAAGAACUAAUGGCUCAAGGAUUGACGCUGACUGUUGAGGACUACGUACAAAUAAUGGAGUUGUUAACAAACGACUAUCGAUUCACAAUGUACAACAUAUGCUACAAGCGUGUGCUUGUAGUCUGGAUAUUUUCUGCUUUUGCUGUCCUUCUCGGGCUCCUGUUCUCAGGUUUGACUGGGCUUAUUCUUUUUGGCCUUGGAGUACUUUGGUUAAUCUUUAAUGCUGCAGCAAUCUUCUUUUGUAUGUGGAUUAAAAUCAAGCUGAGUCAUAAUCUCGAGCGUUGUAUGGCAAAAGUAAACAAACAUUUGAUCCGUCAUAAAAUCAUUCUUGGCCUUGAUGAUAGAGGCAAGAUAUCUUGUCAUAAAGUGAAUCUUUGCUUUAUCUACUUCGAUGUGACUGAUUGUGUGAAAAAACUUCAAGAACUUAUUGAAAAGGAAGAGGCUGCAGGAAGAGUCGUAAACAGGGAGGAAAGCCAUGAAGACAAAAAGAAAAGACAACAAUUCAAGAACAGGAUGGACAUCGAGGACAGUGAUUACAUCAUUCAAGGAUCACAGACUACACGAGUAUCCAGGAAACAGGCUAAAGGCGAGCAAUUGCUUCUGCGUUAUUUGCAACGCUGGUGCAAGGACUACCUGAGGAGGAGGUUAGACUGGACGCUUGAUGAGGAUUUGGGGAACCCCUCCUGCCCGCUCCACCUGUCAACCGCGCUCUGUCCCUGCCAACACAUAUUUUUGCACCUGGCGAGCAAGCCGCCGAAAGAUCCCCGUGUUUUCUGCCCUUGUUGGUCGGAUUGGUUGCGAGAAAGAGGUGUCGGAUAGUCUUGUUUAACGUCUCUCAAUUUUAGGCAACAGAUUAGUCUAAAAGUUUACCUGAAAAGUAGAUUAAAAAAUAGGUGAAAAUGUUCUGUUUUAAAUAAGGAAAAAAGAAACUGUUUUCUUCUCUUUCCGAUAGAUACAGUUUCUAACUAAUUCACACAUACCAAUUCACAAUUGGAAAUAACAUAUUUAUGUGUGUGGAAAAUAUUUUUUGUUUUUGUUUUUCCUAAGUCUUACGUUUUAAGAAAAUUUUAUUGUUAAAUGUUUUAAAAACAAAAUAGUGUAAUUUUUGUGUAAAGCAAAUUACCAAUUAGAAUUUAUUUUUAUUACGCAUUUAUGGCAAACAAAGUUGGUUUGUUUAAUAAUGUAGACUGAAAGUUAAAUUGGAAAGUAUUUUAUAGAUGUCGCAUUUUACCCCUAGCAUGAAAAUCCUAUUAAACAACUCUAACCCUUAAUUUUUCUGGGCAAAAGAUUUUAUGCCAUAUUGGCUGAACAUUUGGGCCCUAUCAACUUAUUUACACCCUUGAAAAUAAUCAAAAUAUUUAUUCGAUUUGAAAUUUUUUGAAAAUGAUUUUCGCUUAUCACUUUAUUAUCAAAUGUAAUUUCAGUCCGUAUGUGCUUAGCAG